CCCCCAGGACUCCCACCAACAAGAGACACCAUGCGCCCUACCAUUCCGCUGUCUACUCCCUGACUACCCGCAUCCCAGUGCCUGUCCACUUGCUUCACAUUGGCGUACACGGCGCCACUCACGCUGUGCCAUUGCGCCCACCGCCAGCAGACAUGGUCACGUAGCCGCCAUUCUUGAAGAGUAACCCACCCUCAGUCCCUCGCCCAUUGCGGCUCAUAAACCCUGAGCUGGACUCCUCAAUUGACCUAGCAUAGCCCUUUCCGUCCCUCCACACCGCCAAUUGCACCACCAUAGCUCAAUAUGGCUCGUGGCUCCAAAUUCUCUUUCCCCAUACCGGGGCGCCGCAACCAUGCCAAAAAGGACGUCGUUGAGACGAGCUCCAUUCCGUCCGUCGACUCCCACUAUCCCGAAUACACUCCGCGCGUGGAAGACCCUUCGAAACCCUCAAAGGCCGAGCGAUUGCUAGGGACUUCCAAUCUUGCCCUUCGCCAGUCCUCACGCCAACAGCCACAGCCACCGACGCGGACUGCGCCAGUCCCCAUUCCUGAGCCCCCACAGAGCCCAGGUUACAUGACUGUCACUGUGUCUGAGGCCAGCUUUGGCUCGGAUUACACAGACCACGCCUCGUCGACAGCUGUCGAAGACGUGGCCCACCCGCCACGGUGGCAGAGUCUCCAUCCACGCCCGUCAUCCAAUCUCCUGGGAAACGCAUAUAACAACGACAGAGGGCGUGCCGGCUCUAUUGGGAGCACAGUCAGCAGGCAAAUCCACGGCCAAGGCUCUUCCUCGACCCUACGCUCCUUUUAUGAUGCUCACAAGUCUCCCCUGGCAGUCUCCCAACAAACGUCUGCUUCUGCGGUCCGGGAUAUGGCCUUACGAAAGGGCGAGCGGCCCAUACAUCCAGGAGAGCACGCAAAAUCUACCCCAAGUCUUCCCUUGCAUCAAGACCAGGAAAGCGCAAAGCGACAGGCCAAGAAGAACAAACCCCCUCGACUGGAUCUGUCUCGGCUAUUCCCUAAACCUCGGACCCAGAAUUCGAGCAAUGGGGCACCUCUACUCUCGCCGACCAAGAUGGUCAACUCUCCUAUGCCCAUGUCGGCCACCUCCGAAGAUUUCCCCCGCAAUCCUGCGGCCUCGCAACGUGAGACGACACCUGCCCCAUCCGUCAAAAGUGUGCAACGCUCGGAUCCUCCAGCGCCCUCUCGAGUAGAGCGUCCGAAGAACCAAAAGGCCAAAGGAAAAGAAGCUAAGAAUCAAAAAGCUUUCAAGCGGGAUGUCUUUGACAACGCCAAGGUCAACGUCCGCCGACCUCCCCGUGGCAUCCAGCAUUGGUUUGAGGGACUGGACGAGGAGGAUGAAGAAGAGGACGACGACAUCCCACCACCGCCACCAAUUCCAGAACGAGCUCCUCCAAAGCCAGCGCCGGUGCGGGCUUUCAAUCUGGCUCCUUUGAGGAAGAGUUCUCUUGGUAGGGUCCUGCCUAGAGAGGUCGUAGCGCCCAAGUUAGACCGAACGCAGACGUCGCAUUUGAGUCCCGCAACUCAGAUGGAGUUCUACAAGACCCCGGCCCCGAGGCGCCCACUUCACCGCCAGCGAUCAGCUAGUAACCAGUCUGUCGACAGUCAAGUAACGGCAAUCUCGUCGAGGUCCAAAUUUUCAACCUCAAACUUGCAAGACAACAGUGUGCUGUCCAUGUCCUCCUCCGAUGAGGAAUAUGAGGCCGAGCCACACAAGCCGGUAGCCCCAGUCCGGGAUAGUCUUGCUGUCUCGACCGACAAUGAGGGCGAGAUCAUCAUUGGUAAAGCCCAAGCUUUCGAAGUCAAGCCAAGGCCCAAACACGGUCGCAACGAGUCCAAUAGAAGACGACCGUCGGAAUCGACCCUGAGCAUGACAUCGGUCUCGACGAGCGCUGCCACGAUUGAGGUAAUGCUUUCGCCGGAUCCACACUCGUCUUACCUACCGCGGCACUCUCGCACCAAAGCAUCGCGGCAUAGUCGACAGCCAUCAGCCAUACCUGAGCAUGAUACGCGUCCACGAACUGCAAGUGCCGGUGAGACUGCAGCACUAUCCCCAACUAUGAGCCCUCGCAGUGCAAAAACCUCACGCAGCGAGCCUCGAUCAACUCGAAGCGAGCAACACAAGCUGAUGGCUGUCACUGAGGAGGAAGAGGCCUUGUUAGAGAUGAUGCGACGCAAAAGGGCCGCCAUGGCAAAGCACAGCUUCUCUGAAGGUUACAAGACCGCAUUAACGCAAGCGACAAAGCGUGGCGACACACCAACUCCUCGAAACGAUGAGGAUCUGCACAGAACAUCUGGCUUUCUGGUCAUGGACAGCCCUGGCAGUGGCCUAACGACAGGCCAUCCGGCGUCAAUAUCGUCAAAUUACUCGAAGCAAGGCUCGGUCUCUGGCUCUGAUACUCUGACUUCUCUUGGCUCCGUAAGGGGUCGACCCAAGAAGACCCAAAAGUCAUCGGUUAUCCCUACAAGCAUACUUCGCGAUACGUCCUCCUCUGACUCCAACACUGCCCCACAUUAUCAAUACUCUGAAAUCGAUUCCCCAGCACGUAACAACCCUCGAUAUCAGUUGUCAGCCCAUCUCGACUUCUCUCCCCUCGACCCAUUCCCGUCAACACCAACAAGCGCUAGCAUCGCGUCUCCUACAACUGCCAGCCAUGCAUCACCACUGCCAUCACCUAUAACACCUGGCCGUCCUGGCGAAGCCGACUUGAUGGUCAAAGUUGCCGGCAGCGAGCCCAGCUGUAAUGGGGACGAGGAUCUCGUUCACAGCGCUGGUUCUAUCGAGCCCUUCAUGACAUCUAGCAUCGAAAAGCUUCACGAGAGCCACCGCACGAGCGAAGUAAGCCCUCGCGCUCGUCGUCGAACUGCAAGUAGUGGCGCCGACGUACCUUUCGGCUCAGAUGGUGUGCAGAGCCAGAACGUUUCUCGAAAUGUGUCUCGACCAGAGUCACAAAUGUCCCAGAGUCAUCGACCGCAUGUCUCACCACUUCACCAACACACUUUUGAGAGCCUCGACACCUCAGACACCCCUGAGCUGUAUCACUCCGAGCCUAAAAGCGCUCGCACCCGCCCAUCCCGUCGCAACUCUAGCAUCGUCGCACCUCAACGCAGCGCCCGUACCAGCGUCGCGUCUUCCACCACUCCAUCAACGGCUCCCACGUCUCGCUCCGUACGUGACAGCCGCAUCAGCAAAUCCUCGCGCCUGAGUCGGGAGAACAGCCUCAAGAAGCGGGAAAGCUUAGUCCCGUCCACAAUCAGCACCCGAUGCAGUGUCAGCGACGACGUCCUAGCCGCUUGGGGCAGCCUGGGCGGCUGGCGAACUUUUGAGGAACGCGUUUAAACCUUCGUCUCUGCCGCGUCGUGGUGUGAACUUCUUUAAUGCUGGAAUUCGGACGGGUAGAUGGAUGGGCUGAUGGGACUGUGAUGAUUGGGACAUGGGUUUCUUAUAUCUAUCACUGAUGUUCAUGUCGCUUGGGAGGGGUUUUGCUAUCUAACCUUUUACUCUUUCCUUUAUUCAAUAUUUUUACUAAAAUUUCUGCUUAAUGCCUCGCGGCCUCUUU